GCGAUUAUGACGUCCGGCAAAGUUGCAGCGUCGGUAGCCGCAGGCGCUGCGCUGCGAGUAGGCCUGUUUGUGACAGGUCUGGAUGCGUUCACUCAAGACCGUCUUGAGUAUGUGACUCCACUGAACUCGUACCAGAGACUUCAAGAAGGGCACUUCUUGUACAAAGCUUGUAAUGCCCCGUAUGCUGGUGAUUCGUUCCAUCAGCCCCCACUGGUGCUUGCACUCUACAACUUGCUCGAAUCGUUCACUGCGUUCAACACAUCGCUGAGGGUGUGUUGGAUUGGGUGUACGAUUGCCGUCGAUGUGCUCAUUGCACUAGGGUUUGCGUCGCUCUGUCGUGCGUUCCUGUCGAGCCAACAAGAACAACAGUGUGAGCGCAGCAAGAUUUGGCUCAACCAUCCUCCCGUGUCGCCACUUCUCACCCCCGAGAACUUGCCAGCGACGACAGCGGCGAUGUUCCUCUUCAAUCCGUACUCUGUGAUUGGGUCGCUCGCGUUGUCGACCACUCUGUUCACCUCUGCAUCCAUCGUGUGGAGCUUGUCGUUUGCGAUGCAAGGUUUUCUUGUGCCAGCGAUCCUGCUCUUGUCGAUCGCUACCUACUUGAGCGUGUACCCCGUGGUGUUGUCAGUUCCCGUGCUUCUACUCGUCCAUCACGCGCGCUCGUCCAUGUCGCGUCCUUCGAUAAGUACAUCGAUGUACUUGCCUCUGCCACGAGUCGCGUUCUCUUUGGUGCUGUUUGCAAGCUGUCUCGGAGGCCUUACCGGUCUCUCGUACGUGUUUAUGGGUCGCAGCUGGAGCUUUGUCGAGUCGACUUAUGUUUGGCUGCAUCGCUAUCCCGACUUGACGCCGAACAUCGGCAUCUUCUGGUACUUCUUCAUGGAAUUGUUCGACCGCUUCCAGCCAUACUUUUUGUUUUUGCUCCACGUGCAUCCGUAUGUGUACAUUGCGCCGCUCUAUAUCCGCCUGCGCUCGCGACCGCUGGUGUAUGCGACCAUCCUGCUUGCCCUCGUAUCUCUCUUCCAGCCGUACCCGGCGAUGGGAGAUAUUGGAUUUGUCAUGACAUUCUUCAUCAUUCACCCGAGCUCAAUCAUUGGCAUGAACAACAAGUUUGUGCUGGCGACGGGACUAGUCGUGGCGAGUGUCCUCAUGCCCGUGAUGGGUUUCCUUUGGUUGUACCCGGGAUCCGGAAACGCCAACUUUUUCUACAACCAGACAAUCGUGUUCCAGUUUUUUUACCUGCGUGUGGUCGGGCAGUUCUUGGCCGCGACCAUGCGCCGCGACAAACAGCUCGACGAAUAUGUCAAAUUGCAUUGAGAACCCUUCAGGUUUAAACAAUACUACACGCGACCAACGCAACGUCCACGCGCUCGUUCGAUCAUGCGUCAUUCUGCGCAGCCUCGUCUGCUUUUUUCAGCUUCUUCGGCGGUGGAAGACUGCCCAGAGCGUCCUGGAAAUCCAACUUGACCGCAGGGGUAUGAAUCGAGUCCAGGUCUUGGUACGAAGUCGAUACUUGCCGGGGAUCCACAGGCAAGGGGCGGCUCUGGGGAGGACGAGGGUUCGAGUCGUAUCGUCGAGGAUAGUUGGGGGUAGGUGGACCGGUGUUGUAGCCUCCGCCGCGACCCCCCCGGUAACCACCGCCCCUCGGGCCGCCGUCGUAGUACGGAUGACGGUAGCCACCUCCUCCUACUCAACGCGUAAUGGAUUGCUGGCAACAGGAUGGGGAACAAAGUACCUCCCCGGCCAUAGCUGUCACGGUUCCUUUGGUCGUAGCCAGAAGACUGGCGCAAGAUUGGCUGGUUGGUCGUUGCCACGGGAUCCAUCGGUCGGUCCGGGUCUUCCCGGUAUUGGUCCCACAUGCAUGAUUCGCCCGCACUCACAAUCUUUUCGACCACAAGCUCAGGGUGCUUGUUUCGAAUGUGCUUCUUUACAAAUUCCAGGCUCUUGAAUAGCUUGGUGCAGAGCAAGCACCGGUGUUUGCCGUCGUCGCCCGCCUUCUCCGUGUACGAAUUGUAAACUGGUUCCAGAGCCACUUCCUCUCGCGUUUCAAUAUCUUGGACCAUCGCAAGUUCCGCCACGCGCUUGGCUUCCACCACGCUUGGGGCAUUCGCUUUUAUGAACGCUUCGAUCUUCUCGUCCAGCGAGACGGACCAGGCGCCCCACCCCGCGCCGCUCGUCUCUGUCGACGGCGUCGGGGAAAACACCUUAUGGGUCACCGUCUAUUUCAGCAAUCUGCAUGAGUUUCCACCGCAACCUUAUCCGAAC